AUGGAGGACAAAGAUCUGAAGCCGGUUGAAUCGGCGCAGUCGCUCGCUGCGGCCUUUACACCUAUACAAGAAGUCCUCUUCGUCGCUGUAGUCUGCAUGGGUCAAUUCAUGACCCAAACCAAUAUCGGAGUAUGCCUAUCACCACUCGACAUUGUCGGCGAUAGCUUUGGUAUCACAGAUCCUGGAAUUCUGAGCUGGUUCAUGGCUGGAUACUCACUCACCGUGGGAACAUUCAUCCUGGUAUCUGGCCGGUGUGGUGAUCUUUUCGGAUACCGUCUAAUGUUCAUCUCGGGAUUCUGCUGGCUUUCACUCUGGUCCCUUGUCGCCGGACUCAGCGUAUACUCGAACCAUAUUUUGUUCAUAUUUGCCCGGGUUCUUCAAGGACUAGGCGGUGCGAUGCUGUUGCCAAAUGCCCUGGCUCUCCUCGGAGCAACCUACCAACCGGGGAAGCGGAAGAACAUGAUAUUCGCCAUCUUUGGUGCUGCUGCCCCCAACAGUGCCCUGUUAGGAACUGUCUUCGGUGCGCUUUUUUCUCAAUUGGCUUGGUGGCCUUGGACAUAUUGGUCACAGGCUCUCGUCUCCCUCGCUUGCGCCGCUCUGGGCCUGAUGGUCAUUCCAUCCAUUCACCACAAUACUCAUUAUGAGAAAUCCCUGCUGGGUUUGCUCAAGGCCAUCGACGCGCUUGGUGGAACUUGUGGAAUCGGCGGACUUGUUCUUAUAAACAUAGCAUGGAACCAAGCACCCAUUGCGGGCUGGAGCGAGCCCUAUGUUUAUGUGAUACUGAUCAUCGGCAUUCUCCUCAUUGCUGCAUUCUUCUAUGUGGAGUUCCGUGUGGCUGAACACCCCCUUAUCCCAUUCCACGCUUUCAGUCGCGACGUUUCCUUCGUCCUUGGCUGUGUAGCCUGCGGUUGGGGCUCUUUCGGAAUCUGGGUGUACUACUUCUGGCGUUUCCAAGAAAAGUUCCGCCAUGCGACACCUCUCCUGGCAUCUGCCGAGUUUGUCCCUGUUGGUCCGAUGGGGAUUAUUGCAUGUGUUGUUACCGGAUGGUUGAUGGGCCGCAUGCGCCCAGGGUGGAUCAUGGUUCUGUCAAUGUGUGCCUUCACACUGGGCAAUGUUCUGAUCGCAAUCGCGCCAGUGCACCAAACCUAUUGGGCGUUGACAUUCGUUUGCCUGUUGGUGAUUCCAUGGGGCAUGGAUAUGUCCUUCCCUGCGGCUAGUCUUAUGCUUUCAAACUCGGUUGAGCGAAAGCACCAAGGUGUCGGCGCAUCCUUGGUGACCACCAUCGUCAACUACAGCGUUUCACUUAGCUUAGGCUUCGCUGGUACGGUGGAAGUUCACGUGAACAAUGGAGGAACAACACCUGCCGACUUGCUGAAAGGGUACAGAGGCGCUCUGUACGUGGCGAUUGGUCUUGGUGGCCUCGGAAUGUUUCUGAGUGCGAUUUACACCUUCAAGGGAUAUCGAGCCGAGAGCCUGUCUGAGAAAAUUCAGAACGAAAGAGCCGAAGCAACCGAAGAAACCGAAUAA